UUAAUGUAUGCUCUGUGGGCGGUACGGGAACAUAUAUAACUCUAUCCUAUACAUUGCUUUUUUCUCUUGUAACAAAAGUUAAUGAAUUGAUAAAGACAAUACAAUUAUAGCAGAGCCAAAAGAAGUGAAGUUGUAAUAGAAUAGAAUUAUGAAUUUCAGCAAAAGUUUAUCAAUUAUUGUAAAGUUUUUGACAGUUUUACUGGUACUGGCAUUAUCGACAAAUGCACAAAUGGAUGUUGGCGAAAAGGCUCUUUCAACACAGGCUGUCGAAGACUAUCGAUUCAUGAAAUCAAUACUAGAAGUAUUCUAUAAAAGUCAAUUAGAGCAGCUUCAAGAGCAGGAAGCCUUUAUUCAGCAACAAUUGGACAUUCUUCACGACCAAAGAGAGGCUGUUCGAACCAAGAAACGAAGCCAUGUGCAAUGCCUUGUUAAUGUUGUUGCUUGUUAUAAAAAGCGACGAUAAGAAUAAAGCCUUAUAAAGCAGAGGACAUUCUUUGAUUUUUUGGUGUAUCUGAAAUCAACCAUUCAUAGAAGACAAUCGUUUAACUAUUUGAAUGAUUAUAUUUAUUGAAAACACUGUACAUACCAUCAUGAUUGCUUUUUUGUUAUGAUAUUGUAAAAUUGUGGAAUAUUAAAUUAAU